AUGGAAGAAGCCAGACGCUCACUCACCCUGGUUCCUGGGCACACGGGCUCGUCUGCAGCCACAAAGCCACAGUUACCCCUGGAGACGGCGGGAGCCAGCGGCGCGUCGGGGCCACUCCUCCCGCGCUGCCGCUGGCCCCCCCGAGGGGCGCGGCGGGGUGCCCCGCAGAAGGCUGCGGGUGAGAAGCAGGAGGAGUUCAAGCUGGUGUACAGGUUCCCGGGGAUGAGGUACUGCCGGGUGCUGUCGCGGCUGAAGCUGCUGCAGACUGCCAGCACCGCGGCCGUGCUGCCGCCCGUCUGCUGCCUCUACCUGCAGGGGCUGGUCUCGCAGGGCGCCCUCGCCUACAGCGCCGGCGUGGCGCUCUUUGCCGGGGUGAUGCUGUACGGCAUGAGCCACUUUCUCCGGCGAAUUAUUGGGUUGAUCUACUUAAAUGAAAGUGGCAGUACUGUCAAAGUGGCCCACCUGACGUUUUGGGGAAGGCGGAAUGACAUUUGCUGUCCCAGAGAGGCAGUGAUGACUUUGGAUGAAGUUGGAGAUAACAAGGGGGAGCUGCUUCUCCAGUUCAAACGGUACAACAGCACGGAGGUUUUAUAUUUCACAAUUAAGUAUGGCCAGAUUGUAGACAGACAGAAGUUUUCUCAAAUAUUUGGAGACUUUGAGUGA